AGUCGUCGUCGUCCUCCUCUAUAUCGAAGUCGAAGGCGCCGAAGAAGCGUUCCAUAGCGGAGAUUUUCAAGGUAGAAGAGCAGCAACAACAACAGCCACCACAGCUGCAGCCGCCGCCACCGCAAAUCGAGAGCGUGUUGAAGUUCUGGCCGUUCCGAGAGGAUGUGGCGGACGAGGUUUCGAAUACCGUUUCUAAGUUCGAGUGGCUCUCUCGGCGCCUCGAGGCGCUGAGAUCCACGCGCGGAAGUGGCGAGUCGUCGAAAUCGGACCGAAGAGAUUCCGCUGAAGAGGAGGAGGAGAAGUUGGAGAUGGUGUGUCCUGUUUGCCGCGAUUUUAACGCAGCCACCGUAACGGCGGUGAACGCGCACAUCGACGGUUGUUUGGCGCAGGCCGUUAGGGAGGAACGACGGCAGAUGAGAAGGACCGUUAAUUGCAAGUCCAAACCUAAGGCUCCGAAGAAGCGUUCGAUCGCGGAGAUUCUCACGGUCGCACCGCCGAUCGAAGCAGGCAAAAGCAAAGGGAUUCAGGUUAAGGAAAACGAAGAGAAAUCCGAUUAUCGUUGUGAGGAUUCAGCUUGUGCUCCUGCUCCUUCCGCUUCUACGGCUGCUCCAGUUGUUUCGGUAAUUAAGAAUAGGAAGAGUACGAACAAGAAUAGGAAAAAGAAAAAGAUGAAGAAGGCGAAGAAGAAGAAAAGCAAGGUGGAGAAGUACGGUGAGAGUGGCGUGUUAUUCGUAAACAAUGAGAAGAAGACGGUUCUGAGCAAGAAGAAGAAGAAAAAGAGUAAUGUCUUCAACAAUGGACCAACUGGGAGGAAGGGUGAUGCUUACGAGCGCAUGGUGCAAAUUGUAGCAAAUAGUUCCAGAAAACUACAAGGUACAGUUGGUAAUAAAAUGGUUCCGCUACAUGGGGUUGAUCCUUCUAUUGAUAGAAAGAAAUUGGGCUUAAAUUGUAUAUCGGUAGAAAAGAAGCAACACGUUAAAUUUUUUGACUCAGUUGGAAAGCAACAAAAGGCCAUAUCUCCUGUUCAUGGAAGUAUUCUUAAGAGCUACUUUAAACAUGUUUCUGGAAAGACAUCAGGUGUCAGUAACAUUCGAAAUGGUCCUGAAAAAAGCCAUUAUAAUGAUGAAGAGCCAACCUCUGACAGACAUGUUAAAUUCUCUGGUAAAGAUGAUAUACUUGGUCCAAAAAAGACAACUUCAUUUGAUGAAGCCAUGUUCAACAUAUCUUCAGAUGCGCUGGCUUCUUCAGUAGUAAAGGAGAAAUCCUCUGGAAGUGAUGAAGAAACUGCGAGUAUGGAGCCAAAUAGAAAUUAUGGCCAUGUUCAUGUUAAUAUAGACAGAGACAAGAGAGAGGAGGAGGUUUGCCCUAUAGUUGAAAGUAAACAGUUUUCUAACACUCUGGAACAAGAUACCGUACAAAGCUGCUUGAAGCCAUGUACUGAUCAAGAUAAGUCAAAUCACUUAGAAGAGAAGUCAGAAUUGUUGACAAAGGUGGCAGUUUGUGACAAUAAUAAUUCACACUUUUUUUGUGGAAGCAACAGAACUACCCUGCAUUGUUCUCCGUAUACAGAAAUUUCUGGUCCUCUUUCUGCAGUUCAUGAAGAGCAGAUGUCUGGUAUAAAUACACAAGCAUGUGAAUUUGGAUCUUUCGACUACAGUGGAAAGUUGGACCAUUUCGAUGAUCCCCAGGUUGAUUUUGUUGAUUCAAAUGCCAAUACGAAGACAUUUCUGGAGCCUUCGUCAUCUUAUUCUGCUUCAUAUAAUGCAAAUGAAAAACCAGAAUCUCCAUUGCAAGCUUGUGGAGAUAAUGAUAAUAGUGAUGAGGCCUCGGGUGACAGACAGUUUUCUCGUAUGUUUUCUGCAGAUAUGAUUGAUAACUCAUUCCCCUUUACAGGCUGGGAUAAAGGAGGUGUGAAAAAUUCCUGUUUGGAUCCCAGUUUUUUUGGUUUGCCCCUCAAUUCUCAUGGUGAGCUUAUCAAUUUCAGUUCAAGUGUAAACUUAGGGAUGAACCAGCCAGAGACAUCAACUGCAGUACGUGGUUCUUUAAGUGGUUUACCCAUUAGCAAUAUUCUUCACCAAGGUAACCUGGAAAAUUUAUGUGCAAAUGAGAGUCAUGUUCAGAAGACAUUUACAAGAGAUGGUCUUAAUCCAUUUCCACACCAUCCAACCAGAUUAUUCGUUACUGAGUUACAAAGUAGAGAGAGAGAAGAUAUCCACCAACCUAAUUCAGAUACGAGUUAUCUCCCACCUCUUAAUUCAAAGCCGAACCUUGAGAAAAACGCAUUCAUUGAAAAGAAUCAAUCCGACCAAGUACGGAAUCACAGUGGAAAUGGGGCGAUUUCUCUGAAAGAAGGUUCAGAUCAUAUCUCACUAACUUCCAGCCAACCAACAAUGAGGUUGAUGGGUAAGGAUGUUCCAAUUGGUAGAAGCAGCCAAGAGAUGCAACAAUUUGCCGGAGAUGUUUGGACAGAUGAGCAAUCCAGAAGAAGGAAUUAUUCUGAAUAUGCAGCUUUGGAGCACUCUUUGUUGGGAAGAAGUUCUAAGCAGGAUUGGGUAUCUGGUUCACCUUUACAAAUAUCUGCUGACGGUGUAUUGCAAUCAGCCAAAAUUCAAAGCAAUCAAGCACUACAAAGCACCAUGUUGAUGCCCGGUACAGACUCUGGAUUUUCUCGACAGUUUAUUGAUCUGCAAAGGAAUCCUUUAUCUCAAAAUGGAAGUGUUGAAGUCAACAGAAAUGCAAGUUCUUUUUUCAAUCCCGUUACUCCAAAGUCUACAUUGUAUGCAGUAUUUAAUGGGGCAUCAGACGAUUUUCCAGAGCAAUUUAUACAUGGAGCUAAACCUCUAGGAUUGAGCUCUCAAUCGGUGGUACUACCUACUCCUGGCAAUUUUAGACACUCCACUAGUUUAAACAAUGGUGAGCUGAACGACGGGAAUAAAAAUCCCCUUGUUACCAAAUCAGCCUUCGGAUUUCCUUUCUUGCAGCCAACUGUCGCUGAACAGACCAAAACAUCUUGGUUUGAAAGGCCUUACAGAAGUUCACCAUCGUGGUUGUCAAGCUCAACAGAUGAAAUGCUUCCAGGGUCCUUCUCUCAGCAAUUUUCAGGCACAAGUAGUCAAAGUUUUUCUCAAAAUCUGUGGGGAAAUAAUUUCACUACGCAAUCCGUGAAUCAUUCACCUGAACUUCGCUUCCCUUCUAAUCAUCUGACUUCUUUGCGUCCCAUGCAGACUACUCCUCUUUCUCCAGCAUCAAUUGUUCGACCUUUACAUGUUCCGGCUACACCUUCUACCAUAAAUAGUGGCAACAGAAAUAUAAACCAUGUCUCUGACAGAUUGAAGUUGGAUGAACAUCAUCCGUGUACGAAUGCCAGGAAGAGACCCACAGCCGUGGCUAAUCUUGAUGAUUCCAGAAAACCUACCAAGUUACCGAAUAUACAGGUGCAAGAAAACUUCUGUAGUGUGACUAGGUUGACUGGUGAAAAGUCAAGCGUGGAAUUGCAACGGAACACAAGAGCACCCGAACUGGAUCCACAAAUGGGUAGUGCUAGGAGUAAGUGUUGUCAGCGUGAGGCACAAAAUCUAAAUCCUUCAAGGUAUCCUGCUGUGAAUUCUUUUAAACUGGACGGCAUGGUAACAUCAGGUCCUGUCCGACUUGGUCCUAAAAGAGCUAAGCACAUCCUAAAAUCCUCUUGAAAUGUGGAUCAUGAUGACAAGCUAUUCUGCCAUAUUCUCACUUGCAAUUACUGACAGUGAUAGUGAUGUAGAAAUUCAGAGAAAAAUUGACAAAAGUAUACUGAUUUUAGGUGUAAGUCACGUCAUUUUAUCAUAUCUGUUUUUCCUCCUCCAUAGUAUAUAUCCAUUUGAGAACAUAACAGGAAUGUAUAUGUAUCAAUAUUGCUAGGUUGCUGAAGCCAGUGGAAAAUUGAUAUAUAAUUCCAUCCAGCUCUCAA